AUGAAGGCAAGCAUCGUCGGUGCCCUUGGUGCCGUGAUCGCCGCUGCGUGCGUUUCCGCCGUGCCAUCGCCCGUCGACCCAUUUGACCUGGGCUCGGCAAGCCACGCUCUCUACCCGAGGAUGAGCGCUGGCCAGUCUGGCGACGGCAGCAACAAUGACAAGAGCAAGUGCCCCAGCUCGAACGGAACCGCAGUGUCAGGCUACCAGUACGCUCCGUACUCGGAGCCCGUGCGACCGCAAAUUCACUUUUCUCCCACCGUCAACUUCAUGAACGACCCCAAUGGUCUCGUCUACAGCAACGGCACCUGGCACUUGUUUUACCAGUACAACCCCACGCAGAACGUGGCUGGAAACCAGCACUGGGGCCACGCCAUCUCCACCGACCUUUACCACUGGGAGAACCUGCCGAUCGCCAUCGCUCCUGAGAAGGAGGGCGAAGGCAUCUUCAGUGGUAAUGCCGUCAUCGACUUUGAAAACACCUCGGGCUUUUUCAACGAGUCGACGCCCAAGGACCAGCGCAUCGUGGCAUUCUACACGCUCAACACAGCCACCUCGCAGACCCAGCAUGUGGCCUAUUCUUCGGAUGGCGUCACCUUCACCAAGUACGCGCCUGCCGUCGUCGAGCGCAACCAGACGCAAUUCCGUGACCCCAAGGUGUUUUGGGACAACAAGUCGUCGCGAUGGAUCAUGGCGCUCGCUCUGUCGCAGGAGUUUGGCAUCGUCUUCUACGCCUCGUCCAACAUGAAGGACUGGUCCGAGGUGAGCCGCUUCCAGUCGUACGGCAUCCUCGGCUACCAGUACGAGUGCCCCGACCUCUUCCAGGUGCCCGUGGAAGGCGGUCCGGAUGACGGCAAGAUGAUGUACGUGCUCGCCAUCUCGAUCAACCCCGGUGCGCCCAUCGGCGGCUCGUUCGUCCAGUACUGGGUCGGCGACUGGGACGGCACCAACUUCACGCCCCGCGACCAGGCCGUCAGGACCAUGGACUUCAGCAAGGACUUUUACGCUUUCAGCAGCUGGUCGAACUCGCCGGGCAACAAGGCCUACGCCAUCGCCUGGGCCAACAACUGGGAGUACUCGCAGGUGGUGCCCACCUCGCCCUUCCGCUCGAUCCAGAGUCUGCCGCGAGAACUCACGCUCAAGUACUACCGCACUACUCCGCAGUUCGGCGACCUCAUCCUCAACAACCGUCCCGUCAACCUCUCUGCGAUCUCGAGCAAGACGCUCUACAGCAAAAAGAGCGCCCAGGGAUCCAAGAACAACCAGACCGUGGCGCUCAACGGCAAGGGUGCCUUCGACAUCCAGGCUACGUUCAAGCUGCCUGCCAACACCAACAUCACCUACAACACCAUCGGCUCCUUCGAGAUCUUCGCGGGCGAUGGCAAGCAGAGCGUCAAGACGGGCAUCCAGAUGGGCGAGCCGACAUUUGCCUUUAUCGACCGACGCAAGGCCGGAAGCUCAUUCGCCGACUCCAACCCCUUCUUCACGGACAAGACGUCGGGCAUCAUCCGCUACCAGGCCAACUACACCGACGACCAGUACGUGCUCGGACCUCUGCCUACCUCGGCCUACCUGGACCAAUCCAAACAGGACCGAUACAUCUCGCUGCAGGCUGUGGUCGACAGGUCGGUGAUCGAGGUGUUUGUCAAUGAUGGCGAGCUCGCCGGCACCUCGGUCUUCUACUUUGACAACGACCAGAUUCCCGCCAAGGCGCAGGUAUCGGUCGGAGACAACAAGCUCGAGCUCGUCGAUCUCGAGGUCAAGGCUCUCCAGUCGAUCUGGAAGACGUGCCAGCACUAG